AUGGAGGCCAUAAUGAAAGAUGACCAUCAGAUUGAUCAUUUGGAAGUUGGUUUGCAAACUCCUGACAAGACUAUUUACACCGUUAUUCCAUCCAAGUUCCUUUGGACAACGCAACGUUACGUAGGUAAGAGAUAUUCUACCUUAUAUCCCGAAAGACUAAUAAGUUCAAAUAAGGGAUAAAUUAAAGGCGUAAAAUAAGAAGCGGUACAAAAAAAAGUUAUUGUCAGUUUAGACUAAAGUCCAACAUUGUUAUACUUUGACACCAAUGGCUACUACUACUAGUAGUUGUAAAUUUAGAGUAUUUUCCAAUCAUAAAUUAGAAUUACAAGAUGUUACGAUCAACAACAACUCACCGCGUUGGCCGCCAUAUUGAACAACUUCAACGUUAAUAAUUUAUGCCACAAAACUAAGUCUGAGUUUGUCUAAGCAUCACAGUUCUCAAGAAAAGCAAAGCUGAAAAAUAUGUAAUAUGAAAAAUAUACUUUUAGACAGUAUAUGACUUACGUUUUGUUUGUUAACAGUGCACAAUAUGACACAGCAGUCGCUUUUAUUAAAAACUGCGGCAGGAGCUGGUGCAAAAGCAGGUCUUUCAUUUGGAAAAAAAUUAGCGAUGGCAAGUGGCAAAAAGGCAGGAGAAGAGGCUGGCACCCUGGCUGGAAUGCAGGCGGGAGCAUCAGCUGGUGCUAAAGCAGGCGAAAAGGCUGCUAUUGAAACAAUGACAGAAGCACUGGAAGAAGCUUUAAAUUCCUUUCACGGCGACAACCUGCACAAAUUUAAAAUCAAUGUUAAGGAUGGAAGGGUGGUUUCUGUAACCGGUCCCGGAAUAGGGGAAGUUACAGUCAAAAGGAAAGAGAAAGGAAUGAUAGGAGGUAAAGUAGGAGAGGGGGGAGGUGGAAAGGAAGGAAGUGUUGGAGAAAUGAGGGGAGGCGUUCGUGAGGCUGCGGGUAGAGGUAAGAGCGGUGGAGCAGAGGCAGGUGGAAACGGUGGAGGAAGGGAAGAAGGAGGCAAAGGAGGAAGAGGGGGAGAAGCAACAAAGAAGGUAACAACAGGAGAAGAAGCAGGAAGCAUAGGUAGUGAAAGGGCAGAGGGUGGAUGGGGAAGUGGAGGAACCGGAUGGGAAGGCGCAGAAGGCCUGUCCGUCACAAGUAAUGCGGGAAAACAAUCAGCUUUUAGUUCAAACAGCAGUGCUAUUGCUAGAGGGGGGAUCAAUGCCGCUGCUGGAAAGAGCGCAGGAAGACAAGAGAAGACAAAAACUAACUAUACUCCUUACCGAGAUGUGACGUAUAUUCCAAAAGUAGGAGAGCUCCCUCAGGAAAUGGCCGGAUCACUUGUCUGGAGAGUUGGAGCUGCUUCCAAAAGUGAGUUUUUCUCGGUCAGUUUCAAUCUUCAAAAAGCUUAUCUCUUUGCAAUUGUUUUGACAGUUUAGUCAUCACUAACAUAAGUCCCCUCAUUCAUCCUAUCUCAGUUGUGGAUAAGGCUAUGUACACGAUUCACUCAUGGCACGUACCGUUCUCUCAGGAGAACUUCACCUUGAACUAUUGUUGGAAAUCAACAGAUGGCCAGUUGUUCAUAAAACCCGAUUGUCAGGUAUUCAUCGCACAUGUCCCCGCUUUGUACCAAAAAACUAACGAAGACCGAGACAGUGUCUCUUUUGAAUCUGCUUGCUUUCCUGGUUAUUUCCUGAGGCAAAAGAACUACCACUUUCUGAUACAGAAGAGGGAUGGAUCAGAACUUUUUGGUAAGAAGAGGGUCACUUUUUUUAAGAAAAAUAUUCUAACUUGGAUAGAUUAGCAAAAUGUAGGAGUGAAAAAAAUUUCAUCUAGAAAUUUGAAGUGCACUUGAAACAAAUAAUUGGAAUUAGCUGUCAUAAAAUUUCAUAAAAAUAAACCAGGUAAUAUCCAAAUUACUAAUGAGUUUUAUUUAGAAAGAAUAACUGAUCUUUAUCUAAACUAGAAUGAUAACCAUGUUUUUGUAGAAAAAUUUUGAAAAGUGCAUGGGCAUUUCUCAAAAUUAGCCCCAGGAAUUCUGUCUGAAAAGAAGCUCACAUGAUUCUCAGCGCGAAUAUAUCUAGUUUGUUUUCAUCCUAUAUCAGCCUGCUCCUGGAAUUCUUUUUAUCACUCAUUUUAAAUGUUUGUUUUCAGAAAAAGACAGUUCAUUCUAUGCUUAUUCAGUUAUGAAGCAUACAAGAAAUAUUUUGUUCAACUCGAUGCACAAUGACUGGUACAUCUGCGAAAGUAUUCCUGUUGGAAAAACGGAGACGAGACUUAGAAUCGAACUCAUCCUGGACUUUUACAAUGGAGAUCCGGACGUUCUUGAUCGCUGUACCUUUUUACUUCAUCCUAUUCCUCAAUCAGAGAGCAAGUUUAAAAACUGUAAAGGCAUGAUUGGCCCAGAUCCACGGCGCAUGAUUAACGGCCAACCACUUCCUAGCGCUCCUCCUCUGAUAACGCUUCCAGAGGCAGCUUCACAGAUCAUUGGUGUCAAUAAUAAACCGUUAGUCACAACACCAGGGGUACCACCUGGAAAUACCAAUGCAUCAGCAAUAAAUACCGCGAAAUCUGCUAGUGGCGGAAUUGCUCCGAAGCCAACUAUCUCAACAAAAACCAGUAAGUGUCCUUAUAAUUUUUUUGAUAACUAGGAAACUUAGCGCGUAUUGACGCGGGCGAGAUUUUAGCCAACGAUUGAUAGUCUGGGAAAAUAAUUUUCAUAAACUUUUAAAGUGACCAUUUUUUCUUCAAGCCAAGUGUCUAAAACAAAUGAAAUAUAACAGAGCGUUUCGAUAGUAGGGAGAGCAUAAACGUAGUCUCUUUUCCCGUUUUCAGGAAAAUGGUGCGUCGCAUUACACCUCAUUAACAACUUAGGAUCUUCAUUCAUACUUCACUCAUCUCUUAAACAUGAAGGGUAUCUUAUCAGUGGACGUGGUUUUAACCUUAAGCUUCUCACGGACCGGCCCGAACUACAUAGUCAUGUUAUCUUCAGUGCCGAGGAUCCAACCAGAAAUAAACUUCUUCUGAACGGCGGCCUCACUCUUUCAGAGCCAAUGGUACCAGGCUGCCCCGUAUUUUGGGACGUGUACGUUACAUCCGCGCAAGGUGUAAACUUGAAAGGUAAGCCGUAAAUGAAAGAUAACAGAGGAUGAAUCCAUAUGUUAAUAUACCGAAUGGUGAUCUCUUUUGUACUGGCAUCUUGUCGGUUUGAAUGGCAUUAAAUUCCUAAGCUGUCUUACUUUCUACUUUCUAUUACGUGAAAUCGAGAUCUUACUCCUGUUCAAACCAAAUGACCUGUGGUUAUUUAUGUGAUCUAUUACGGUAGAGCCUUUUCUUUAACUAACGGUAAUAACAAACUUUCCGAUAACAACUUGGCAGGUGAAUUAGUGGAAAAGAGGAGUUCUUUAAUGUAAUUAUAAUAACUUUCACUACAACUUACGGUCUGUGUUCAGGUAUACUUUUUGUUUAACAGGAGCCAUUUCCUCGAGUACUUCAUUUCCUUCAUCUUCUUCCACAUUGUCAAUGAAUAUUCCAGCUCCAAUCAAUCUGUCUCCUGUUCGUCCCAAAGUGUGGUCAUCAACUAUUCCUGGCACCUCGUUCUUGCCUAGAAUUUCUUCAGCCUCUCAGAUUUCCGGAUUGAUUUCAAACUCCCAAACAACCGAUAACCAGACUCAACUUCCGAUGAAGACCUCACCACCGACUUCUUCUCCUGGAGAGACUUUAACCCCUGCUUCGUCCAAAUCUAGUAAGUUUCCCUCAAAAGGGCAAACAAAUGUUUUGUACAGAGCUUAUUAGGACCAUAUUUUUUGAACCAAACACCCUGUAGCUCUCUCAAAAACAUACUGUGAAUCAAACAACAAGAAAGAACCUGAUAUCUGAGGGUUUUUAUUUCCAAAUGUCUUCUAUAUAUUUUUCUUUUUCAGGCUUGUCGAGUGCUUCUUCAGCUUCCUCCUCCAUGCCGCCGCUCAAAUUUCCGGCCCCAAUUGAUGUCUCUUCCGAUCACCCCAAAAAAGAAACUCGAUUUGUUCCCUAUAGGUCACGUGGCAAUCCUCCCCCAAUUUUUAGUUCCUCUCAUAAUUAUUCAGCUGCAACCAAUUUUUCACCCACCCUGUUGAAUCCAAAGGUCUCACCGUGUCCAAAUCAAUUUGGAAGAUGUGAUAUUCCUCUUACGUCGUUAUCAGGUAAGUCCACUGAAAUGAUGGGCAGAAAACCAGUUAUGGCACUCUUCGUAUGUCGUAGAUACCCAUGUGCUUGUUGAAAGGUCAGGAUAAAAAUUCAGAUCAAGAACCGAACGAAGGUAACAGCGCACAAACACCUGGUUUAGCAUUCCUUCGUCUUUGAACAUCAUAAAGAUUUUUCCUUUAUAUAAUCCUGCUGUUUUUUAGGAUCAGGUGGCUCCACUCCACCGGUCACAGACGCAGCCCCAAUUAAAAUCCCUCCUGCGUCCAAAACAUCGUUAUCUGCUAAAGUUACUAACUUUCCUGGUAAUACCUCACCCCAAACAACAUCUUAUCCUCCUUGGGAAUCUGGAGUCAUCUCAAAAUCUGUAAAUACCACUGAUGAGGUUGUAAAUCCAAAGAAGACGUCACCCUCUACUUCAUUUCCUUCCAAGAGUUCAGCCGCCGUUUUGUCCAUGCCUACUGCGCCGUCCUCGGAAAAGGGUAAAAAAGAACCGUUUUGUAUAUCGUAGAGACUCAUUAACAAUUCAGGUAAAUUUUCACAACUCGAGUUGAAUGAGCUCCUGUCUCCAUUGUAAAAUGUGCGAGCAAAAACCAUAUGAUAGCAACUGUGAAGUUAGUUCAAAAGUUAUCCGUUUUGCAGGAUCGCCAGGUCUUUGGAUUCCGCUCUGUCUGUUUCCUCCAUCAGCACCCAUGAAUGUCUCUCCUGCUGUCGCUAACCUAAAGUUGCCAUCAACCCCCUCUCCGCCUUUCCAUAAUACUUUAACCUCUACAUAUAUUUCCUCUUUUAACUCCUGCAGGUGUCAUAAAUUCUACUGCAGCCGAAAAUGUUCAGAAUCUAAAGAAGAUCACGCCACCUACCUCGUUUCCUUCAAACAGUUCAGCCUCUUUGACGCCUGAACCUGGUGCGUUGUUAUCAGAAAAGACUAAAGUAUGAUUGUUUUACAUGUCAUGAAGACUGUUACUUUACCCUUCGCGUGAAUUAUUUUUCCUUAAUUUAACUAGAGUUUUGAAACGUUUUAAUAAUCAAGGUACAAAAUAUCUCAGUUUCUUUUCUAUUUCAAAUUAAAGGGCACUAAAAGAUAUGCCCGUCACCAGAAGGUCAUAGGUGUUUAAAAUAAUAGUAAGCUCUGCGUUCUAGUUUUCUUAAAUUCAGAUACCGUUCUUUUAAGUAACACGCGCACAGAAAUUUUAUGUGACCCUUAGGUUCUUUGAGCACCAAGAUCCCUGCAAAAGUUUGGACUCCACUUUUUUUAUUCUUAUGAAAACAACUUGCAUAUGUACUUUCACGCAUUGCAAUAUGUUGCAGGAUGCUAGAAAUAGCUCCCAUGGUCAGGAAGCCCCAAAGUUUCCAUAAUUGUUAUAUUUAAGGGAGCCAUAGUUAACUCUAUUAGCAGUUGCCAGUAACCGUUACAGAAGAAGACGUGGUAGAAUCACAAGGAGAAAGAGUUAUGGUGGCAUGUUAUUUAAACUUACUUCAUCUUGUUACCAGGUACUGCUUCGUCAGGCUGUUCAUCGGCGUUUCCUGCGUCUCUGCUGAGGGUACAAUUUCCUCCACGAGUACCUGUCGAUAGUUCCGCGCCUUGUCCUUCUAUCCCUCACGAACGUCCUCCAUCUUCUUCUAAUGGCUCCUUCCCGCCAGAAUCUUUAGGUACUCCAGAGAAUUCCCCUUCUUACUCCUGGCAUUUUGUUCCACAAACUCCAUCAAAUCAAAACAGUAAAGUCAAGCUAUUUAGCAGUUUUACAAAAUUAUAAAAAAAGUAUUUAACUCAUGAGAAUUACAGAUUUUGUAUUAUCAAUUUUCACAGAAGACUCGUCAAACUCCACAGCAGUCCCUUCCUCUUGGUCACGGCCAGUAAAACGUCCAAAUCCAACAGAAUCUCCACCUCUCAAGAAUUCUUCCAUUCUUCUACCUGCGGGUCGGACUGUUAACUUAUCAUCGCCUCUUCCUCCAUCUAGUUCCCAGGUAACCUCUUUCCCCUCAGCAGUUUCUGGUUUCCCUGAGGCUCCAGCAGAUCUUGAUGACCUAAUGACUAUUGUUGCUCCGCCCCGGAUGUCGAAGGCAACAUCUUUAGCAUCGUUCCCUUCUGCAGCGGGUUCCCCUUCUUAUUCCGCUUCAGAAGCUCCAUCCACAAAAUGUGAGUAAACAAUUUUUUCAAAAUAAAUUUUUAUCAUUUGUUUUUAUAAUUGCUUGACGUUGUAGAUUUGCAAAAUAUUCCACGCGGUUUUCAGUUUUGUAGUUCAGAAGAGUUCGUAAACAAGACAAUACAUUGAAGAGAAAUACUGAAAACCAAAAAGAUAUUAAAACUUGACACUGAUAAUUCUAUUCUUGCCAUUAUAGUUUGAAAGUGUUAUGCAUAAGAUAGAUAUUUUCUGAGGGAUACUGUUUUCAUUGAAGAAACACACGAUCAUCCUUAGAAAAGGUUUUGCCCCCAUUAUGGAUCAGCCAGGCCACAGAGGCCAUAAAGCCCUUAAUGAAUUACAUACCGUAUCCAAUAUUCCACGUCUAGGUUUUGAAUCUCAUAUAACGUCAGUACUAUUUUCUUCCAGCGUGUUCAAACAGAUGCAGCAGGACAAGAAUAUGCCUUCCUUUCUGCCCGAUGCGCUGUUGUAAACAACGUUUGGUCAGCAGCGAUUCAAAAGAUAACCAAUCUUCCACAUUGUCGGUGCCUUCCAUGGAAAAAAAAUGAACAUAAAUAGAAAAAUAUUUAUUAAAAAAAGGAAGUGACCGCUAGUUUUAAUAAUUUUCCAUUUGAACCGACAGGAUUUAACUUUGAAAUGAUCAACCAGUGAACUGUAAUCAAUUAUUACAAUUAAAGUAUGAAAAUCGCUUUGGCCAUCACAAUCAUUGAAACGUGGCGACUAAGAUAGUUGACUUCUUUGAAAUUUGAAGAAAGUUCUCUAUCAAACUAUCAACAGCUUGGGGUGCGUCAAAAGCAUCGUGAACUAAAUUCAAACUUAACACUACUUUUGCCCACAAUGCAUUUGUUAAAAUUACAAGCAGCCCCUUACCAGCUUUUAUUUCAUAUUAGUAGCAUCGAAAUUGUGAUAUUGAUGAUCUUCGCAAUCAACUCAAAUUUGUGUCAAAAUUGGUAUUAUUCUAGGCGAAGCAAAAUCAAACAAUACAUCUCACGCGAAAAAAAAAACAUAGUUAAGUUAUGUGACCCAUGUAGCACCAGGACCACCUUCCUUGAACACUUCCGAAUACAGGUGGCAUGUCAAGCCUAUUCAAGUGCAUUUCAUCGUUUUGGAAAUUGCAACUUGGGAUGAAGUUUUCAUCGAUCAUCGUCUCUUUUAAACUCUACUUCUUAGUUAUCUUGUCAUUUUCAAGAGGUGGGGAAAAAGGAAACAAAUCUAGAGAUUCAACAGGUAGGAUGUUUUUUAAUGUAGUUUUAACCAAACAGUGAUCUGGAGACUGUUGAGAUUAAGACUUACCCAAAUUUUAUAAUAUCGGAAAAAAAUGGAUGUACCAGAUGAUCAAUCGAGUGCAUGGACACUAGAUUACGUACCAAAAGCUCAGAUUUGUCGGCUUAAGUGUAAAUUACUCUCGUAAAAACUAUCGAUUAGUAAUUAGAAGGAGGAAGUUUGGUAUUCUUGUUAAGAUAUCAGCUAAAGUCCACUACUUGCAUAAGAAAUUCCUCAAAGUAGUAAAGCUCGUGACCUUAACUUAGCUAAACGCUGGAAAUCAAAGGACAAUAAGGGAGAAUAGGAAUGCGGUUCAACUGCACGCGUUGAAAGGCACAGAAAAUUAAGAAAAUAAGUACAUUUUGUUACUUUGGUGUUUAACACUGUAUUUUUGACAAGGUUAAAAAGUUCACCCCGGCACGCGCAAGUUAAGGAACCGCACGAACAGUUUCAAUUCAAAGCUAUUUCUUGGACACCACGGCGGUUACAUUGUGUGUCAACCUCGCGCUUAAAAUCAACCAAGUCAGUCGUAACCGCUUCUUUCCAUUUUAUUUUAAAUAAUAUGAUUAUUUUGCUGAGUUUACAGGGUUAUUCAGGAAUCACACUACACCUGCACAAAAACUAAUAAUUAAUUAAGUUUGAAAUUAAAGAUAACAUAAACAUCCUAAUGUAAUUUUGUCUCACCAAGGACAUAGAAAGUAAGCAGAGAAAAUAAAUUAAUCAGUUAAAAGAGGAAAUGAGAAGGGACAAUGUUUAGAAAGUUAACAGUCAAAAGAAGGCAACAAUAUUGAUUUAAUUAGUAUCCGUCAUUUUCAUACGCGCUACAGGGAGCUUACAUUCCGUGACUGGAGCGGUUUUUUGUUUGUCUCUAAAUCACGGCAGGUGAUGGCGACAUAAACUACUUUCCAUUGUACGAUUUUGUGCCUCCCCUUUGAUGACAAAACUUUACCGAAAUGGCAACAACGUCACUCAAGUUUACACAUCUCAAAAGCCAAACAUCAUUGACAAACCUCGUUAUGAGUUCGAUAACUUGUUUAAUUAGGCAACAAAACAAAGGUUGAAAUUUAGAAUAUUCAAAAAGUUAUUCUGGAGCAUUUCGUUGUACUCGAUCGUUCAAUACAGGUAAAAGCAACAGAGGGCACUUUAUGGGACCUCGGAAAGGGUGACCAUGACUACCUUCAUGAGAGAUAAGGUAUAGAAACUGUUAUAUUAAAUUACUUUAAGGGGCGAUUGCAUAAGACAGGUUUGCUUUAUAGAAGUAAGAACGACAUUUUUGAAGCAUUUAUUCAUGAAGUUUCCACUGACAGUUGACGGCCAACAUGGAUUGAUAAGACAACGGCGAACAGCGUCAACUUUUGGCAGCAUCGAAAGAGGACCUUGUAGACACAGUGAGUAUCAUCGUUACAAUCGUUAAAUGAACGUUUAACAUUGCAUUGUAACACAGCAUGACUUUUCAUCUUUAAACUGGGUCGGUUCAGCGAUUAUGGGAGAAGUGGGUAAAAUCAAAAUUAAUUUUUGGCUGGAUAAACUUUCUAUUUUUUAAAAAGUUUCAUAAAUGCUGCGACAUAGUUUGAAUAAAGAUAAAGUUCACUUCGCAAGCAAAAAGGUUUCACUCUGUUUUUUUCACACUUUCCUUUCAGUGACCCAUGGCGUAUACUUGGAGAGAUGGGACAGAAUCGACUACAAGCGUGUCAAAUUUCUACUGGCUGAUCGGCGCUAUCCAAAUCUACCAAGUUUUGCGACAUGUGUUAAAACAUUUGAACAGCCUUCAAAGUGGGGAGAUUUCUUUGGCUCUCGUUUAAGGACAUACUUUGUUCCUCUGCAAACAGGAUACCACUAUUUCUAUCUUUGUAAGAAACUUCUCCUUUUCAAAUAACUAAGUUAAAGAGACGGCCCAUCAUAGUUGAAAUUGAGAGCUAAACCGCAUGGAACGUAUGAAGGAACACGUAUGCUCUGUUAACCUUAUUGGCUGGUAGUCAGGUGAAACAACAGUUCUCAGCUUGUUUAAAUACACUGCUGGAAGAUAACCAUCAUACAAAUCACAAGCUAAUGGUUCAGCAGUUUUUGAUAAUUCGCUAAACAACUCAUAAGGCAGGUUCAUACACUCGUGAGACCUUCAACCUGUCAUCAAUCGUCUUUUUCGACGCAUGAAUCUCUCCAAAGGGAUAAUCACUUCUAUACUAUAUAAGCGAAUAAUAUUCUUAACGUUUUUAAAUUCAAACACUUUUCCCCUGCACGUCCAAUGAUCCGUUAAUCCGUUUUUAAUGGUGUUGUUUGCACGCGUGGAGCAGGAAAUGUAUCAUGAGUUUCUUAGCGUAUUUCAUCCAUUAGUUUCCCAUUAUUUCAAUCGUGAUCAGGACAAAAGUUUACUUUCGCCGAUGAACAAUUUACUCUUUUGGCUUACGGAACAGAAACGUCCUGGAGAAAGGUUCCUACAUAAUCGAUGAUUAUCAUUUACUUUAGCAUCAAAUGCUGGAAGCGAACUCUACAUCAGCCAAAACGAAAAACCAGAGAUGAAGUCAAAGAUUAGUGCAAUAGAUGGCGGGUUUGCCACUUAUCAGUAUGAGUUCAAUAGGUGAGGUAAAUUAAAGUAUCUAUUAUAUGGUGAUAAGUUUCUAUGUUUCUUAGGAAGACUUAAGCGCAGAGGCUUAAAUUUUUUUGAACGCAUUGGAAAUAUUUUCAGCUGUGGUGUAUUAAUUUUUUUAAUGGUCAAAUCCCGACAUGAAUAAUUUCAAGCAACAUUUCAGUGGUGGUACCUUUGAAAGAAUAAAAGCUUAGUUUUUCGUUUCAUACUCUGAAACGGUGGAGGGGCGUGCAUGCAUGCCCACAACACCGGACACAAGCUACACUGGAACGAAGUCAAGUUUAUUGAUAGUGACCCUUAUUACUACACGCGCAGGGUCAAAGAGGCAAUUCAUAUAAGAGCAUCAUGCGUAUAAGGUCACGCAUGACCAGUCGACCUCUUCGCCUGAAGAAGACUAGCAGUAUGCAGUCGAAACUUCGCGACCUACAUCACACUUGACUACAUCGUGAGACAAACGAAAAACGUAGCUUUUAUUGUUAUUCACCACGAUGAAUAACCACAACCUUUUCUCGUAUUUUCACAACUUGUUUUCGGAAAAAAUUGAGUACGGUUAUUUAAAUUCAAUUCCAGGUUUAUCAGUCAAAAAUCUCUCCCAGUUUACCUAGUAAAAGGUAAAUAUUAUUACAUGGAGGCUGUAUUCAAAGAUGAUCAUCAAAACGACCACCUAGAAGUGGCUUUAAAGACACCGGACGGAACUUUUUACAAAGUGAUUCCCUCAACGUUCUUAUGGACUACACUGCCGCCACCGCCUGGUAGGUGAAUUUUGUACUCUUCUUUACAAUAGAAAUAAUACACGCAAUCACGACUGAAAAUUGCCCUUGGGCCAAAGGAUAGGGAAAAUAACCUCCAGUGAGGCAGUGAAAUUUCCGUUGAGUCGUGUAUUAUUUUCUUUUCGGAGCAGCUUUUAAACGAGUUGCUAUUUUACCUUUUCCCCAUUUUAAUUCUCAGCCAGAAACUUUACCAAUAUAGCCAUUUUACUCCGAGUGGCCGCGCGAGCUGGUGCAAGAGCUGGUCUUGCAUUCGGAGCGAAUUGGGCGAGAAAGAGCGGAAAAAAAGCAGGCGCUAAGGCUGGUGCCGUUUCUGGGGAGGAAGCAGGAGCAUCAGCGGGAGCCCGCGCAGGUGUAAAAGCAGCGAUAAAGAUGACAGUAGAGACACUAGAAAAAAUAUUUAAUAAACUUCAUGGAAAUGACGGGCAUAAUUUUAAGAUUCUUGUGAAGAAUGCCACUGUGGUUUCUGUGAGUGGUCCCGGGAUGAAAAGUGCAGGGAGAGCUGGCUCUGCUGCAGCAGCUGUAGCGUUAGGAGCAGCUGGGAGUGCUGUAGGGCUAGGGACAGGAGAAAACACAGGAGCUGCUGGAUCAGCGGGAAAGGCUGGAGCUGUUGGUGCUGGAGGAGCCGGAGAAGGUGGAGGAGCUGGAGGAGGUGGAGGAGCUGGGGGAGCUGGAGGAGGUGGAGCAGCUGGAGAAGCUGGAGGGGCUGGAGGAGCUGGAGGGGCUGGAGGAGCUGGAGGGGCUGGAGGAGCUGGAGUAGCUGGAGAAGGUGGAGGCAGUGCCGCAGCUACUGGUGGUGGUGGAAAUACAAGAGGCACGAGCGGAGGAGUAAUAUCAGGGAAAGGAGGAGGCGGAGGUAUAGCUGGUACUGCACCAACUAGUAGUGGUGUUGGUGUAGCAGGUGGAGGGAUGGCAGGUGAAGUCACGGGAGUUUCUCAGGUUACAUCAGGAGCAAGCUCCAUAAGCAGUGGUGUUGCUGCAAGUGUUGGUGAAGUAGAAAUAGACGGCAGGACGUUUUCUCCAGAUAGGCCGUUGGUCGUGAUUCCGAGACCAGGAGAAGAUCCACAGGAACUUGCCAAUUCAAAGACGAUGCUUUGGAAAGCUGGUGGUGCUACAGCAAGUAAGCAAUUCAGAAUGUUAAACAAAUUUGUGUAUGUUUAUUAAAUGAUUUUCAAGUUAUCAUGAAAAUAUUGUUUCAAUUUUUUUUUCGCUGCACGAGUUGUUUAUUUUUUUCUGAAGUCUUAGAGGUACAAGCCACCUUCAAUUAGAGUCGAUUAUUACCGUUUUCGUUCGUUGACCAUGUCUGAGGUUCACUAUUAAGUAUUCAGGACCGUUUAUUACUUAAUUUUUAAAAAAAGUUUUGCCUAUUGAGUCAAUUGAAAAUUCCUUUUAACCAUUUCACUUUCUUGAGUGUAGCCCAAUGUAAGGAUUCCGAAAGGGUUGUUUUCAGGCUUCAAUUAAGUCUUCACAUAUAAAGUACCUUUAUUUUGGCAGUUGUGGCAGGUGCAAUGUACACCUUUCAUGCCUGGGACAUACCAUACACACAGGAGGACACCAACUUGAAUUACUGCUGGCGAUCAAUAAAUGGCAACCUUCGCAUGAACCAGUUCUGCCAGGCAUUUACAGCUCGCGUGCCUGCAAUCUAUAGCAAAGCCACCGAAAAAAACUUCAGCGUAUCUUUUGAGUCUGUGUGUCGACCCAAUCAUUUCAUACGACAGAGGAGCUACCAUUUCCAUCUUGAAAGGAGAGACGGAUCGGAGCUCUUUGGUAAAAUAAUGAUUACGAUUUGAAUGACAUAUUUCCUAUUAUUUGUAGAUUGUAAAUUUUCCAUUUUUACAUUUACAUUUUCAUUAAACUAACGGGAUCUACUUAAAAUAUAUAAUGGGCAAAUGAGAGCAAAUAGCAAUAAAAUUGCACAUGAAGGAAAAGCUUAUAUUAGUGCAUUUUUAUCGUUUUCCUCUUUACCUUCUUUCUAAUUUCACUGAAAAGCGUGAUGUAUUUCGUUUGCAGAAUCCAAGCGAAACAAUUCAAACUAAUAUUUCGGCAGUAAACGAUGUAAAUUUAAAAAAAGUAUAUAUCUAUUUUGCCGCUUGUGAAUAUUACUGUUGUCGUUGUUUUUAUUAGACAAAGACAGCUCCUUUUACAUCUUCUCGGUGAUGAAAUAUGAAAGAAACCUUCUUUUCAACGCCAUGCAUAAAGAUUGGUACAUAUGCCAAGAACUAUACAAAGUAGAAGGCCGACAGAUGGUUUUAGACUUUUACAAGGGUGAACCCGAUGUUCUUCAGCGCUGCUCCUUCUCAGUUUACCCUCUCCGGCUAGGCAGCAACAAAUUUAUGAACUGUAAGAACGUUCUUGGACCAGUGAAACAUCGCGAAAUCAAUGGUCAACCACUUCCUCAUCCCCCACAUCUGAUUCCUAUUCCUCCACCGCCGCCAUCUGCCUUGUCUCUAUGUUUGCCAGUUUGCCAGGAACAAAAGUUUCCUUCCUCAGUUGAGGUUUCUAGCGUCCCUAAAAACGCACGUAUGUCUUAUUUUUUGACAUUAAAGAAUGAUUAUCGGAUGGGUCUGUGUUAUCUGCCGAAGCUGAAGGCUAUUGUAUAUUGAUUGAAUGAUCUCGUCCAUCAGAUUUUUCAUAGUAAUUCUAAAGGAUAAUCAAAUUAUGUAUACGUAUACACGUAUACAUUCAUUUGUACGUAUGAACCCUUUCGGAUCUAUCUAUUUUCAUACCAAGCAAGUCCUAUUUUGUGCAUACAAUUGGUGGGUGUAAGCUCCUUAAGAAGGAUUAAGUUUAAGGGUAGCGCCAUUCAAACUUGUGAGAGCCUUCGCAACAAUUUUUUCCAUGCGUGUGUGUGGAUGUCGCCCACUGGCUAUACAGUUACCCAAGGGUACCCUGAGUUUCUAAGCGCUAACCCAAGUGCCUUUUAAUAUGAUUGACAUACAAUUACAUUUUUGGACCAAGAGAAAACUCACAAUUGAUUAUAGGCUCUCCAUUUUCACCUCAGGGAUAUAUGAUCAACAGAAGAUUAUAAAGAAACUUUUUCACGUACGAUUCCGUAUCAUUAUAUAAACAGUUUAAAAUCGAGUUAUGGGUUAUUGUUACAUUCACGAGAUAAUCUCUUGUUACGACCCAUUUUUGUUUCAGCUAUGUGUGUUGCAUUGCACUUCAUCAAUGACUUCGGUAGUCCAUUUAAAUUGGACUCUCCUCUUAAACACGACGGAUAUCUUGUCAAUGGGUCAGAGUUUAAACUCAGAUUCAUCGUAGACCACCCCAAGUUGCAUAGCUACGUAAAAUUCAGUGCCCGUGACCCGGCAGGUGAAAGCAGCCUUGUCUUGAAUGGAAAAUCCACUUUCUCGGAGCAAGUAGUGCCUGGCUGUCCCAUCUUUCGGAAGAUUUCAGUGAAAUCCCAACAAGGUGAUUUCACGGUCUGAAAAAUUAAACCAUACAUAUCUAUAAUCUUGAUUUCCAGAGGUUUACUUUGUGAAUAUGACCUUGAUCCAUUUUCUCUAAUUUCUCCCCGGAUGAAACUCCUUAUGAGUAUUGAAUGAUAAUUAAUAACCUUUCAGUUUGAUAUGCAUGAGAUGAUAAUUUAAAGACAAAUAAUUAACACAGUAACUUGAUACCAAGUCGUAGUGUGAGGUAAAACUGCAAUUUCAAUUGACUUUGACUUGCUUGGUCUUAAUCUCUUAGCACCUUGUAAACCGUUCUUUGUUAAUUACAGGACGUUUCCAAGAAAAAACACCAUUACCAUCAGUUACAUCUCAAGUACCGCAAGAGGAAUCUGUAGGUCUAUCACCUCAAAGACCAUCAUCACUUCUCCCAUCCCAGCUUGCACCACCCCUUUCACCUUUACCUCCGGCUUAUUCUGCUUCUCAUCCUAUCUCACCUUCAGUAUCAAAUUCUGCCAAUGUUUCUGCUGCCUCAACAGCUUCACCUCUUCCUCUCUACGGUCCAGUAUCGCCAGUGCAGCGAAAAGCAGGUAAGAAUUCUUGGAAUUUUAUUUUGAUUAACCUUGGCCAUUUAGCUUUCCAGGCCCCUCUCACAUCCCUCCACAGUCCAAACGGUAUUUCUCUAACUAGAACGUUCUUCUGUUUUUACAGAUAAUGGAUCCGUUCACUAUCAUUUCCACUAUUAUCCAACAAAGACGUUUCCAAAUGGUAAAAAAAAGUAUUUGCCUGCGAAAUAAGUGUUUCACUGUGUAGAUGCAUUCUACAAUGGUUGGGAGACGUAUUUUGACUUAUUCACUCUAACUCUAUUAUCUCCCCUCUGGAAGUAAAUUUCCACAAUUUUCGGCGAAAAUGACCAAGUAAGCCGUACAAGAUUACGACAACAAUUAACGUAGAAAAAGGUGGAAGCAUUAGCUCCUAGAUAUAUUAUGGACAAUGGGAUGGUCUUUUCCAGUAAGAUUUCAAGAAUGCUAAAAUAAAUUUGCAUAGCACAUCAAAGCGCAUUGGGAAUUUAUUGGGAAUUUAAAUGCAACAUAGGCGCGAGUAAAAUGUUUUUGCUUACAACUAAAUUUUUCUUGAAUUCGAUAAUUUUCUCCUAUUUUCUCCUCCUCCUUGGCAACUUAACAUACUAAAGUGAAAAGUGACCUUAUUGUUUGAUCAAAAAUUGUUUUAAGUAACUUUCAUGUUGCAACUUUCUGCAGAAGUUUUACUCACAAACAAAUAUAUCCCUUGCAGGUUGUCCAAGCAGAUGUUCCAAUUCGGCCCUAUGCCCUUCUCUCUCCUGUCCGUUACAAUGUUGUAAGCCAGAUCUUGACGAAUAUAUUGACGAUCAACUUAAGAAAUAACCACUCUAUCUAAUCUGAUCAGUUUAUCAUUGGUCUAUAAUCGAACGUCGGCAGCCAACGUGCAAGGAGGGGGAUUUGUUUUAAAAAUAUAUAAAAGGUCAAUCACUAAUAGUAGGAGACUCGUUCCUCUCUCCGCCUGCAUCUCCAGAAUUAAAAGGCUCAGGUAGGUCGAGCGGCCUCGAAUAAACUGACGUGGCCGCAGCAGAUGUUAACAAGGCAACGACGUACAGAGAAUCUACCAGAGGAGCCAUCCUCUUUUACUUCAGUUCCAUACUAGAGGAAUUAUCUUAAAUAAAGAAAUCCAAAACGAUACCUUGAAAGUGCUUUCUUCACAACGGCUGCCAUACGACAUUUUCUGCUGAAAAUAGUUUUUAUAUUGUUUGUUUUUGUAUCUAGGUUGUCCAUUUAAGGCCAACCAAUCGAUAAAAGGCUAAUUUAAUGACUCUGUCUGGUAAUCGAAGGUAUCUUGAGUAGCGAUUGGUUUUAAGGAACUCUUCUUGGGUUGCUGUGUAACAGUUUAACUUGCAGCUAGUUUCAUGAAAUAGAUAGCAAAAUAGAAUAAUUUUAAUUUUCACUCUAUUUUCAAUGACCAUUCGUGUCCAUGGACACAUUUUGUUUUUUUUUCUCAAGUGAUAAGCAUCUUAUUUCUCCUUAUGCUGUUUAAAUAAGUAAGCAGCUAGACUGGUGGUCGCCAUUGAGGUUGCCUAGUUUCUACGGUGAGUUGCGCUAAUUUAAAGGAAGGAAAGAAAUGUCCAUCAAAUACUGUUUUUUUUGAAAGAGAAAACACAAGAACGCCUCCUUUAACAUGUAAAUAUUCGAUAUUAAUAAAGAUUACUAAGGAAGGCCGUGAUGGAAAAAAAAAACUGGCAAGUAUAGCUACAUAAAAAUCGUGUUUUACCAAAAUGUUAACGUUGGACGCUCUGAUGAGUCACAAUUUAUAAGGGUAAUGUAUGGCCGCAUUUGGCAAACUGAUCAAGUUUGAUUCACUCCAGAGACAGUUGUCAAGUUCUUUUCAUGGUACUCCACAAACAUUUCACUGCACGUUUAAAUUUGGCUAAUAGCAAUUCACAUGAGUGGUAUUACAUGCCACGUACGGUAAAACGGGAGUUGAAAUGCGAUUCUUUAAUCUAGUGAUAAUUUUAAAAGAAUGCGAAAUAGCGUCUAUUUGUGACCACAAGUCAUAAAAAAAAGAAUCACAUACACAUUCUCAUAUUUGAUGUAUCCAUCAAUUUACAAAGAAAAACUCUUGAUGAAAAAUUGUUCGCGAGUUACGUGACCAAUCAGAAACCCUUUGUUAGUCAGCAGGUGCCGGAAGAAACUAAGUAAAUCUGUAGAAAGUGCGAUUAAAUCGUUACAUCUUAUGUCUAUUUAGCCAUCUGAAACCUGGUAUGAAGUUUUCAUCUAUCAUUGCUUAUGCUGAACUGUACGCUUUGUUUAUGGUGUUAUUUUCAAAGGGUGAUAAAAACGGAAGAAAAUCAAGAGAUUCAGCAGGUAGGCGUAUUUGUUGUCACCAGCGAAAUUUUAGAAUCCAUUCACUGUUUUGUAAAUCUGCGUACUUUUCGAGUACUGGAAGUGAACGCCUCCCCUAAUUUAAAUACAACUAUGGGCAUAUAAUCAAAUAUUUGAAAGUAUACUUUGCCGCCGACUCGUUCGAAACAUGAGGGACCCCUGCGGCGUGCUCUUAAGUACCGUGUCAAACACAGUUAGAGUUAAAUUUAAAUUUUAUCGCGUUAGAGAGUGUAUGUGGAAACAUGAACAUGGUAAAGUGAGCUUAUUGAUUUAGAAUAAAGGGAUAGGUUUCUAAGAAAACUGUGGUGUUGGGUCGGUGGGAGUCAAAACAAGAUAAUUCGAUUUUAUCAGCUGGGUUGGUAAUGUGAAUUGGCCACCGUACAGCGAUUCUAGACCUUAAGUUUCGAGCGCUAGCCUCUUGUAAGGGCGAAUGGCCAAAAACUAAAGGCUCUGAAGAGGGAUUAACGCUCAUUAUCAACUCAACUGAUGAAACCAAAUAACCUUAUUGACUUAGACAUUGAUCAGACUUCCUUUUGUAUCUACUCUACUUCUACUUGAUUUUAGUCUAGGAUCAACUGUCUUCGUAAAUUUGAAGCUCUUUCCGCUUAAAUUAUCAUCAUCCCUAAAUAUCAACUUCUCAUACUUCGUAACUAUAUUUACUUCGUUAGAUUCUCCUGUUUGGUUAGCACAAAUUUUAAAAUGAAAUAUAUAACUCUAAGCUUGCUCUAGACUGGAUUGGUGAGAGUCAGGAAAAUAAUAAAUUAUUUUAGAUUAGAUUUAACUCGAACAAAAAGAUGUUGAUCUAAACGAAUGAUCAACCGUAUACUGCAGGUCCUUUUUUGUAUGGUCAACUGAGCGCUAACUCUUAAACUUCGUAAAGCAUAGCAAGCUUCAUUUCACAACCAUUGACUGCGUUUUGAGAUUGCUUAGGAACCUGGUCGCUAGAUUGUAAAAUAAACGAUUAGCUCGUGACAUGGUUGCACACCAAUGUAUCAAUUCAAACUGAGGCGCGUAGCUGACUUAUCCAGAGUUGUUUGUUAACAGCGCAAUUUGGUUUUCGCCAGUUAAGUUCAUUCCUGAGAAGUCGUGCACUUGCGGCCAGAGUUUUCUUUGGAUAUUUUUAAAAUUGAACCACAGCAUAUACAUUUUAAUGCCGGGGAUGGUGGAGCUUAUUCCUUCUUCAAAGUACGAAUUUUCUCUUGUUUUUGAUUAAAGUAUGUAAUGCCCACACUUACUUAGCUUGUUACUGACAACGGAGUCCACAUUAUUUCGACUGAUACUUAAGCAUUUGGUAAAUUUUGUUUUCCUUCAUUUUAGAUAUUGUAAUAAAAAAAAUUCGGAUUUCUGUCUGAACUGAGCCUUGGAAACGAAUUUUUCUUCCACUGAUAGUUGACGACGGACUGCUAAGACGAAGGCGGGCGUAUAGAUUUGGAAGCACGAACGAAGGACCUUGCGCUAACAGUAAGUUACAUCGCGAAGACUUUGUCCUCAGAAAGUUCUUAAUUCCUUUACAACAUAGAUCAAAAUCUUACAAACUCUUUGAUUUUUUUUGCCACAACAGAGCUGUCUGAGGUGCUUGCGUCUGCAACAAAAAGCCACAAUGUAUUGGUUUUUUUUGACGAGAUAAUCGAUGCUAUCUUGACCAAUCGGCUUGCGAUCAAUAUCUCUAUUACUUCACAAUAAAUACAAUGUUAUAGACAGAUUAUUCCAUAAAGAAUGUAGUGUACCGCUUUUUUCCUACCUCGUUAAUUUCUUGCUUUUGUUAUUUUAGAAUAAAAAUCUACUUGGUAUUUCCGCAUGUAAAGUGUAACUUUUUGCAUUUGAGAUCUACAUCAUAGUAGACGUUUUGGUGCGUAGUAUCGCUGAGUAUUUUUACGACUUGUCCUGUACUUUGACGAGCCCGAAGGCGAGUCAAAAUACAAACCACACAUGAGACAGGACAAGCAAAGCAGAUACAGAAGCGUAGAACGCGCAGCUGACAGGUUAAACAAAGUUUUUACAGUACAAAGAGAAAACAGCUGUCCUAAUAUCGCAUAAUAUUUGUGCCCGAUUCGCUUGUUAUCUGUAUUCUGCUUACUGACCAAUGCAUUACUGGCCAAAGAAAAAAAAUUGAAAAUGAAUUUAAAAUGAAGUGGAUUUGAAAAAUCUACUCCAGAAUAACAGAACUACUCGUUUCAUGUUACACACAAAUAAAGCUGCACUCUUCCUUAUAAUUGAUUAAAAGGAGUUUUAUUUUAAUUUCAGUGGCCCAUGGUGUUUACCUGGAGAGAUGGGACAGAAUAGAUUACAAACGUGUCAAAUUUCUAUUGGCAGAUCCGCGAUUCCCAAACCUGCCAAGUUUAUCAAUAUGUCUUCCAACAUUUGAACAGCCUUCUAAGUGGGGAGAUUUCUUUGGGACCCGUUUGAGAACUUAUUUUGUUCCCCUUCAAACUGGAAACCACUAUUUCUAUCUUUGUAAGACGUUCACACUUGUACUAAUAAUCUGCGAAUAUAAGAACAUAAACAUAGUAUUGCGUGAUGCAUUCUCAAUGGGCUUAAUUGUCAUGGGCGAGUAUCGCGCACGCAUUAACAACGUGGCCGUCUUCAUUAUAGUCCGAGGUUACCAACGAGGGAAACCGUGAUUUUCUCGUAGACGGUCGCGAUGAUAGCACCAUUUGAUCAGCGUUAAUUACCCCAAACGGAAAAACAUUUACUUUAAGGAAGAACUGUGAUCAAUAGGAGCUGAAUUAAUUACUUAUCAGGAUGACAUGGAACCCUACCUAUAGAACUAGAGGGGGAGAGAGAGAGUUAUUUAAAGUUUGAAACGAAUGAACUGAAGGCCAAGGCUCCAGCUCGCGGAGAUAAUCGUAGUUUUUAUCGUGCAAUUUCGAUAUUUCCGGUAAGGUUAUUCGAGUUUUGCACGUUUUCCGUGUACGUGGGAUACUCGAUAAUACUGCCUUUUUAGAUGUCUUUGGUACAACUAUCAAUUAUGCCGAGUAGGAAAGAACUUGGAUAGUUUGUUUAUUUAAAGAAGCUACCAGAAUACAGUGCAGCAACUAACCAACAAACUAAGCAGAAAGACAAAAAGCAUCUUAUCAUCUUUUAGACCACAACAGGUGCUUUGAAGGCACUGAUCCCGUUGUGAGUUAGGUAUGCAAAGAUACAGGAAAGGACCUAACGCUCUCUUGCAACGACAUCCAAACGAUUCUUAUCAGACUCUUGUUAAACGACGAAAUUUUUUUAAAUUUCCCUGCUACGUUCUAGCAUCUGAUGCUGGGAGCAGACUCUACCUCAGCCCAGACGAAACGCCAAAGAUGAAGGCACAGAUUAAUGCCAUAUUUGGUGGCUUUGCCACGUAUCACUACGAGUAUAAUAGGUAAUAGUAAUUGAGAAAUUACUUCUUUGUACAAGAUACUUCAAAAAAUGCCGUUAAGUAAUACCUUAUUCCUUUAUGCAAUCUGAUGCAAUUUCUAAACAUUUUUCUGUUUUACUUCAUCGUUAGAUGAAAUUUGAUUGUUAUUUGACUAGCUUACUGGCUUCCGUGACGCGCAUGUCAUUUUGAGAGUGAAUAUGGGAAGUACAUGGCCUGUUCGACAAUCUCUGGAGUUCAGGGCUGUUGAAGUUUUUUUUGCUAAAAGUCAGCUAUUUAUCAAUCAUCACGAUUAUCGAAGUUAACACUUAAAAAUCCGUUUUAUGUGAUGACUGAAAGCUUGUUUAACGUUGAGUAAUUUUUUCAUAUCUACUGCAGGUUCAUUGAUCAAAAAUCCCAACCAGUCUAUCUAUUUAAGGGCAAGUACUAUUACAUGGAAGCUAUAUUCAAAGACGACCAUCAGAACGAUCACCUAGAAGUUGGAUUGAAGACUCCAGAUGGAACAUUUUAUAGAGUAAUUCCAUCAAAGUUCCUCUGGACUAAACUUCCUCCAAAACCAGGUUGGUCGAUUUUUAUUGUUUUUCAUUGUUAAUGUUUUAAAUGUAGGGUUUUCUAUCUUUUUUAAAUGUACAUUUUAGGAUAACUUAGUGAAGUCACACUAGUCCAAUUGCUAUUUUACCUAAGUAAUGUCAAAACUCUCACACGUUCGAGGGCUUAUCGCUCACACUUUCCUGUCAUUAUUUAUUAGCGCAGAAUGCUACUUACCGGGCAAUUUUACUCAAAGUGGCUGCAAGGGCUGGUGCAAGGGCCGGUUCAUCAUUUGGGGCGAAAUGGGCAAGAAAGAGUGGAGCCAGAGCUGGAGCAAAGGCUGGUGCAAUAGCAGGAAUGAAGGCUGGAGCAUCAGCGGGGGCUCGUGCAGGUGUUGAGGCUGCAAUAAAAAUGGCAUCAAAAACCCUUGAAGAAGCAUUUAACUCUCUUCAUGGUAAUGACGGGCACAAAUUUAAAAUUGUGUUCAAAAAUGGAAGUGUUGUUUCUGUAACUGGUCCGGGAAUGGAAAGUGCUCCUGGGAGAACAAGCGCCGCUGCAGCAUCAGGAACUACUGGAAGUAGUGGUAACAGUGGUGUUUCUGUAACCCCUGGAAUCGCUGGAACGGCUGGAAUAGCUGGGAAAGCCGGCACUCCGGGCACGGUCGGGACCGUUGUAGCUCCUGGAACUGGAGGUGGGGGUGGAGGAGGAGGUGGGGGCAGGGGUGGAGGAGGAGGUGGGGGCGGAGGAGGAGGUGGAGGGGGAGGUGGUGGAAGUGUCGCAGGCGCCGGAGGUGGAGCCACUGGGGGUGGUGGAGCGAUAGGUGGGGGUAUCGCAGGUGGAGGUUCAGCAGGUGGAACUGUGACAGGUGGUGGUGUUGCUAGUGGAGCAAGUGCUGUUAUUGCAGUGUCAACUGGUGGGGCUGGCACCUCUUCACAGGUUACCUCAACCACGAACUCAGCAAGUGGGAGCAGUGUAGCUGUAGGGGCUGGUGAAGAAGAAGUCGAUAGUUACGCCCUGUCACCUGAAAGGCCAUUAACGAUAAUUCCAAGAUCAGGGGAAGAUCCCCAAGCCCUCGCUACAUCACAGGCCAUGCUUUGGCCAAAAGUAGGGGGUGCAACAGGGCGUAAGUAUCCGAUUCUAAGAAUCUUUUUUUUCAAUCAUUCACCACCUAAACUGUAUCAUUAAUGAACCUCAUAUUCUUACCUAAACUCAACAUACAGGAGUGAGGCCUCAUACUAAAGACCUUAAUUUCUUUCAGUCGUCGCAAAUGCAAUGUACACAUUCCACUCAUGGGGCAUACCAUACAGACAAGAGGAAACCUAUCUAAAUAACUGUUGGCGGUCAGUGAAUGGAGUCCUCCACAUGAAGCCAUUCUGCCAAGCCUUCAUCGCUCGAGUGCCUGCUCUUUAUGUCAAGGCUACCUCAAAGAACUACUCCGUAUCCUUUGAGUCCGCGUGUAGGCCUGGUCAUUUCUUAAGACAAAAGAACUAUCAUUAUUUUCUGGAAAAGAGAGAUGGAACGGAGCUGUUUGGUGAGAUAUUCAGUACGAUUUGUUGAAUUUAUAUGCGCUAUUUCCCGAUCACACUGUCCGAGCUGUUCCUCAUAUUUGGACGAGCGUAUUCACGAUAAUAAUUAGUAGAUUCAGAUCUUUGGGUACAGUAUACCAAAGUAUAAAAAUCCAAAUGUGACUAUGCUCACGCUAAUGCACCAGUCACUAGAAUGCGGCCUGCUGAUUGCCAUACAAUCGGGUCUUGAGAGAAUCGGGUCUUGAGAGAAUGGUUUGAGUUAGUGCGGAAAUGGACUGCAUUUAGAGGAAAUAAAAUUCACCCAUCCAUGUUUUCAUCGGGCACGAUGACUCAAGUUUUCUGACCCGGAGUUAAGCAGCAAUGAAACUUGGUCUAGCACUCUGCCAUCUAGAAAAAUUAAAGACAAGGUUCUCUUGACUUUCACUUUUUGUUCAUUUCAGAUAAAGACAGCUCCUUUUACAUCUAUUCGGUGAUGAAAUAUCAUCGGAAUCUCCUUUUCAACGCCAUGCACCAAGACUGGUAUAUAUGCGAAGAGAGUAAUUGGAAAGAAAGGGAUCCUGCAAUGGUUCUUGACUUUUACAAAGGUGAGCCGGAUGUUCUACAACGUUGCUCCUUCGCUGUUUACCCGCUCUCGUUAAACAGUAACAAGUACAUGAACUGUAAAAAUGUCCUCGGUCCAGUAAAGCACAGAGAAAUUAACGGACAGUCACUGCCCCACCCACCACCUUUACUGCCACAUCUUCCUCCGCCGCCUCCUCUCUUGCCUGUAUGUUUGCCAGUGUGCCCGGCUCAAGAAGCGGGAGGAACUUCUGGAGUGGGAGGAACAUCUGCUCCGAAUUUUCCGUCCACAGUUGGAGUUUCAAGCGUCCAAGAGAGUGCACGUACGUCUCUAUUUUUAUGCAGUGUAAAAUAUGGUUUAACUCUAAUGUGUCAUUGUUACCAAAGCUGAGCUGCUCGACAUUUCCUCUUGGAUUGGGGUUUACCGCCUCCAGAAAGGCUGUCAGCCAUUGGUUUUAGUUACCCCUAGCCUCAAAAUGUGGGUCAAGUAGCACGUUCAAGCAUCGAAACGCCUGUUGCAAAAAUAUAACUCUUAACUCUAUCCAGUGUGUGCGAAACCAUAUCAAUUCGUUUGUAAAGUUGAUAAAUAAGUGCAUUCAAAACGUGUAACAGGACUUGCAAAAUUUUAAUUAGUUUACGUAUCAGCGUUUAUUGGUUUAAUGACUGAUGAGCCACAAAUAAAGUUUGAAUGGCAUGAAAAGAGUCCAAAAGCUGCUAGUUGUGCCACAGCCUGCUGAACAAACGACCCCCCCAAAAUCCCUAUUAUUUGACUUACAAUUGGAUGCAUAGGUCACUUUUAAAACAUUAAUUUAAUGAGUUGAGCUUCGCAUCUCAGAAAUAUAGCAAAAGAGGUCUGAAAGCUUAGGUCUCUGAUGGUUCACAAAAACAAAGCAGAAACUUUCUAUCGACCAAUUUACUGAGAUAUAAUUCUGUUAACAUUAUACUUUCUCUUUCUUUUUUCAGCCAUGUGCGUUGCGUUGAUUUUCAUCAACGACUUCCACGGUCCAUUUAAAAUUUAUUCCCCUCUCAAAAAAGAUGGAUAUCUCGUCAGUGGAUCAGAAUUUCAGCUAAAAUUCAUUGUAAACCGACCCGAGCUGCAUGGCGUUGUGGAAUUCAGUGCCCAAGACCCAGCAGGAAAAAGCAACCUUCUUUUAAACGGAAAAUCAAGUAUUCUGGAACCUGUAGUGCGAGAUUGUCCUAUUUUUCGGAAAAUUUCAGUGACAUCCCUACAAGGUGAUGUAAAGUGCUGGAAACUUAACAAUUUCCUUAAAAUCAUUUCAUAA